AUGGCGCCUCGCGACGACAGACCCGAGGUGAGGUUCAGUGACGCUCCUGGCAUGCCCGACCCGGGCUUCUACUCCCACGCCGUCAGCCUGAAGCAAUCCAACCGCUUGGUCUUCACGUCGGGCAUCAUCGCUCAGCGACCAGACGGCAGCUUUGCGGAGUCGUUGGAGGAGCAGGCCCAGACGGUGUACGAGAACCUCCAGCAGGCACUGGAGAAGUCCGGCGCGUCGGCGCGAGAUGUGAUCAAGGUCACCUUCUACGUCGUCGACUGGUCCCUUGAGCAGGGCAAGUCGUUCAUCUCGCUGUUUCUCGACUUUAUGACCGACGAAGAUGGCACCGUGCGUCGCCCACUCACGACUCUGGUCCCGGUCACGAAGCUUGCCAUACCGGGAGCCAAACUUGAAAUCGAAGUGGUGGCCGCGGCCGGAGGGCAUGCCUCGCGGUACGCAGGGCCCUCCGUUCGCUCCUUCGCUCGACCCGCCACGCCGUCAAAGGUCGACGUGGUCGUUGUUGGGGGCGGCUUCAGCGGCGUGCAAGCGGCUUGGGACCUCCAAAAGGCCGGCUUGAGCUGUGUGCUUUUGGAAGCGAAACAUCGCAUUGGCGGUCGAAGCCGGUCGCAGCAGCUGCAGAGCGGUCCGGGCAUCGUCGAGCUGGGGGCAACCUGGAUCAACAAAAAGACGCAGCCGAAAGUGUACGCCACGGCCAAGCGGCUCGGUCUGGACAUUGUGGAUCAAUAUACCGACGGAGACGAAAUCUGGCAGUUCAAGGACGGGACGGUGGUGAGGGCCAGCCCUGGGUCUCCCGAGGCCGAGCAGGUCGCCCAGUUCAACAUAGCGUUGUGCGAGGUCAUCGACGGGGGAAGCGAGAACAUUGACAUCCGCAAGUCCCAUGAAUUCCCCACGAACCUCGACGUCUCGAUGGAGACGUGGUCCGAAAGCAAAGGGUUGACUGACGAUCUGACCAAGGCCGCGAUGAAAUUCUUCACCGGCGCCGUGGUCGGUCGCGAUCCCGCCGAGAUUGGCAUGCAUUAUUUCCUGGAUUACAUCAAGUCAGGAGGGGGUUUCAUCAGUAUCGCGACCGAGGGCGAAGAGGGUGCCCAGUCACUCAAGAUCAAGCAAGGUACAUCGGCUGUGGCGACUGGUCUUGCUGAUGAGAUGAAACCUGGAUCCAUCUUCAUCAACAGUCCGGUCGACAACAUCCACCAAACGGCCGCAGGAGCCCUCGUCCACACGGCGACUGGGGAAAAGAUCUUCUGCCGGAAAGUGGUUAUUGCUAUCCCGACCAACACCUAUGCGGGGAUCAACUUCUCACCUCCCCUGCCCCACGACAAGAGGGCACUCGUCUCGCGCACCAAGCCCGGCGUAUAUGCGAAGAUGAUUCUCACGUACAGUCGGCCGUGGUGGAAGGAGCUCGGCUUGGUGGGCAAGUUCUCGAGCUUCAAGGGGCCGAUCUGCUUCUCCUGGGACAUUUCGGACGACACACGCCAGCAGUACUCUCUGGCCAUGUUCAUCGCGGGCGAAGUGGCGGCCAGAUGGGCGACGCUGAGUGAGCUUCAACGCAUUGAAGUCGUGAUUGAUCACCUUGCGGAGCUACUGGGGGCCGAGCACGCGCAUCUCGCAAAGGACGACGUUCUCGAGGUCAACUACGUCAACUGGUCAGAAGAGGCCUACCUGGGCGGCGCACCCACGUCGACCAUGGGACCGGGCAUGCUCUCGCGGUACGGCACGGCGCUGCGACAGCCGUUCAAGCACAUCCACUUUGCGGGCGGCGAGACGGCGUACGAGUGGAAGGGGUACCUGGAGGGAGCACUCCGAGCGGGUUCCCGUGCAGCCGACGAGGUCAUCGCAUGGGCCAAGGAUGAGGGACUGAUCAAAAAGGUGUCGGCGAAUCUGUGA